GCCGCUGCCGGAAUGGCUGCUCUGUCCACUGCGCUCCGCGUCUCGCGCCGCCUACUCCGCGUCCCCCUCCUCCCCGACCUAGCUCCUUCUGAGCCCCACAUCUCCGCGAUCCGACGACGAGCCGUCGCGACAGCUGCUUCAUCACCGUCUACGGUCGCCGCUGCCGCUACUGCUCCGACUCCAUCGACGGACCCCUCUUCUGCUGCUUCACCUGCGGACGCCGCCGCGACGACGAGCCAAGGCGUGAUGGGCGAUGGCGCGGCCCCGGUGCGGCCAAAGGUCGGUGACCAAGCGUCGCUGGUGGAAGCGCGAAUGCAGUCCCUAGUCAGGUCGGCCCCUGCCACCGACGGGCUCUCCUCCCUCCACGGGUACAGCUCGGCCAGAGGCUCGUCCGGCAUACUGGAGCUUCCCCAUCUGGAUUCCGCCGAUGGCUGCUGCCUCCCCCACCUCGACGACUACGUUCCUAUCGCAGCUCUUUCACUUGGGACGAUUGGGGUCAAAUCGAUUCCCAUUCCGUUCGCCAAGUACUGCACCACGAUGGGCUUUCAGACCCGUCCAAAGGUUAUUAUGUCCAGACAUUGCUUGCCCAACUACAAUUCCCAUGGCAGGCAUCAGUCAUCAUCAUCUUCCAGUGGGAGCCAUGUAAUCACACAAUUGUUGUAUUCCAAUCCUGAGGAGAUUCCUCUGUGCCUAAAAGACUAUGCUACAGCUCACCCCCUCGUAUAUGAAGUAGUACCCAAAGGACUCAUUAGGCGGGAUGACAUUUCAGAUCCUGACACAUCGAAGUAUAUGCAAAGUGAGAGUGGUACAUCGCUUGCUGAUCAGUUUGCAUCUCUGAUAGUGGUCAAUCUGCAAGCUGGUAUAAACAUUGGUCCUCUACUUAGAGAAGAUAAUGUUAGAAUAUAUCCAUCCAAUUGCUGCCUGCAAAUUAUCUCUACAGAAAUGACCCAGCAAACAGGAAAGGUUAGUAAAGCUGAGCCAUAUGCUGCUGGUGCUGCUUUGUACAACAAGCUGCUGGAUUAUUCUGUUGGGGGUGGGCUCAUCAGAAGCGAAUUACCAGGACAUGUUGUAGAGUUUAUCCAAUUCAUGGAAAAUGCAACUCCACGUGAUCUUCGGACAAUAACCAAUCAUUCGGCCACUUUCACCCCACAGGUUAGGAUGAGCUUUAGGCUGCAAGCAGAGUUAUACAUAUCUCAUCUUCUACCUAGCAUUGACUUGGCUAAACAGGGUGACGUGCUGAUAGCAAUGCCAUACAUAGACACAUCAUGCGUGACAUGCAUCCAGGAUAUGCAUCCAGCCUUUGCUGCGUGGCUGGCACAAAGCAGAAAGUUUACCUUGGUAACAUGGAAUGCAAGAGAGUGUGGCCACACUGUAGUGAAAGUUCAUAGGCAUGGGACUGUCCACUGCUUUGGCCCUUACCUGAAAGGGCAUGUUUCCACCAUCUCUGAUCCUAUCUCAGUCGAUGCCUUGCUAACCUACAGGAUGCCUCUCUACCCAUCGAGAGUGGUAAAUGUAUGUGUACAAGAAAAGCUGUUUCCCAAUCUUGACAUGGGCAGAAUCAGACCUGAGAAGGCGGGCUAUUGUAAUUUCACGUACUAGAGAGCUUUGCGCCAGUGUUGAUGUGAGAUUGUGGGAGUGAAUUCACUUUCUUUGGGAGGCGACAACAAUCACUAAUGAAGCAAGAUUACUUACAACUGUGUACGACGUAGGGCCAUAUAACGUGUAAUCCUCAACUUUCUGAAGCGGCCAGGGCCAUCUGCCGAACAUGUUAAACCGUAGAUCAUGUAAUCGUCAUCCUUCAUUACCAAAUCCGCGGAGCUGAUGGACCACCGCACGGCACCUCACCUUUCUGGGCAGCCAAUUGGGGGGCCAUCUGUACGUCAAUUCAUAGAACAUGUAAUCAUCAGCUUUCUGAAGUUGCAAGACUAACCUUCUAGCAACUGUGUUCUUUUAUGCAAUAGUUUUCAAGAUUAA